ACUGGAAGCAGAACCUGCGGGCCAUCUACCAGUGCUUCGUGUGGAGCGGCACGGCGGAGGCCCGCAAGCGCAAGCCAUCGAUCUGAUGUAUGGAGGCAUAUACUGCUUUUUGUGUCAAGACUACAUCUAUGACAAAGACAUGGAAAUAAUCGCCAAAGAGGAGCAGCGGAAAGCUUGGAAACUGCAAGGCGUUGGAGAGAAGUUCUCAACUUGGGAACCAACCAAACGGGAGCUUGAACUGCUGAAGCACAACCCAAAGAGGAGGAAGAUCACCUCUAAUUGCACCAUAGGUCUGCGAGGGCUAAUCAACCUGGGGAACACGUGCUUCAUGAACUGCAUCGUCCAAGCUCUGACCCACACACCGCUCCUCCGGGACUUCUUCCUGUCGGACAGGCACCGCUGUGAAAUGCAGAGCCCCAGCUCCUGUCUGGUCUGUGAGAUGUCCUCCCUCUUUCAGGAGUUUUACUCUGGCCACCGGUCCCCUCACAUCCCAUAUAAGUUGCUGCACCUGGUAUGGACCCACGCGCGGCACCUGGCGGGCUACGAGCAGCAGGACGCCCACGAGUUCCUCAUUGCAGCCCUGGAUGUCUUACAUCGGCACUGCAAAGGUGAUGAUAAUGGGAAGAAGGCGAACAACCCCAACCACUGCAACUGCAUCAUUGACCAGAUCUUCACGGGGGGGCUGCAGUCAGAUGUCACGUGCCAAGUCUGCCAUGGAGUCUCCACCACAAUAGACCCCUUCUGGGACAUCAGUUUAGAUCUGCCUGGCUCUUCCACCCCGUUCUGGCCCCUGAGCCCUGGGAGUGAGGGCAGCGUGGUGAAUGGAGAGAGCCACGUGUCAGGAACCACCACGCUCACGGAUUGCCUGCGAAGAUUCACCAGACCAGAGCACUUGGGAAGCAGUGCCAAGAUCAAGUGCAGCGGCUGCCACAGCUACCAAGAGUCCACCAAGCAACUCACCAUGAAGAAACUGCCCAUUGUGGCUUGUUUCCAUCUCAAACGAUUUGAACACUCAGCCAAGCUGAGGCGGAAGAUCACCACGUACGUGUCCUUUCCCCUGGAACUGGACAUGACCCCCUUCAUGGCCUCCAGCAAAGAGAGCAGGAUGAACGGACAGUACCAGCAGCCCACGGACAGUCUCAGUAACGACAACAAAUAUUCCUUGUUUGCCGUCGUUAACCAUCAAGGGACAUUGGAGAGUGGCCAUUACACCAGCUUCAUCCGGCAGCACAAAGACCAGUGGUUCAAGUGUGAUGAUGCCAUUAUCACCAAGGCCAGCAUUAAGGAUGUGCUGGACAGCGAAGGGUACUUGCUGUUCUAUCACAAACAGUUCCUGGAGUAUGAGUAGCCUUAUCCGCAGCUCAUUGGAAAAAGUGAAGGUGACGAGUUGACAAGCCUAACGAUGUGACCCCAGCCUCUCCGACUUUGAGACACCACCUCCCACACAGACAUGCCCUGUGGGCCCCUCUGCCCUGGGACCCUCUCAGGGUCGGGACCAACAAGCAUGGGUGGUGGUGGGGCUCCAGGAACUGCACAGAGACCAGAUGAGGGUGUGCUCUGGGCAGGAAGCAGCAGAGUAGCCCUGUCACCAGGAAUCUCCCGUGCCCCUCAUGAUGUUGGGGGAGUCGGGAGCCUUGGCGCCGAGCACCCUCUACCUGGCGCUUCCUGAUGCCUCCAGUCAUUCCCCAGCUCGCAGUUUGGAAAGGCAUCUGCUUGUCUUAAAAUUAUGGGUCCAUUAAACAGUAAGUCGAAGAGACUAGGCUAGUGUGCAGGGCAAAGCUUUGCAGACACCUUUCUCUCCGUGAGUUUAGCAUCAAGGAUGUCAAGCACGGUACUCUUAGCCUCCGUUUUCUCAGCAACUGUGAAGCAGCCCCCAGCGCUUGUAGAAGACGCUAAGUUGGGUUUCCAGGCGCAUCUGUUUUGCAGAUAACUUAGCAUCAAACUGCAUGUGGAAGCAUCUCUAAGUUUUUUAGAAAUAGGCAUUUUCUUAUCCCCACCCCUUUUCUCCCUUUUUCCACAAUGGUGAAUUUCAUAAAUGUAAUAAUAGUAAACUGAAUGAAUUAAUUGAGUUUAGACUGAAAUUUAGAUAGUUCCCCCUUUGUUCUCAAGAGUGGCUCUUGCUUUUAACUGGUGGUGUUUGUUGCCCCCACCCCACGCCCCAGCUUCUGUGUGUUUGGUCAGCAGCAGAGUCGCAGUGGGAGAAUCAGGCCGUGGCUGACAGCUCUGUCAUCUGAGUCUGUGGGUAAAUGCAGCAUCGACCAGUGGUGUUACUGCUUCCAACCCUGGUCUUUUCCUUUGUGAUCUUCUGUCCCAUCCACCUGUUGCUGCUCGGCGGUGAGCACACGGACACAGAGCUGCCGUGGCUCCGGUGGGGAUGUGCCGUGUUGCUGCUGUGCCUCGCUUUGCCUUUGGUGCAGUUUCAGGUGUGGCACGAAAAAAAUGACUUUGUGAUCGAGCUUUUCGGCAGAGCUGAGGAAGUAGAACAAUAUGCAUUGUUCCUCGUACGAUAUUUUGCAUGUAUCUAUCCAAACUCAAACUUAGAUUGUCCAUUUCUGAGAAAUUACAGCCUAGGAACGUGGGGAAGGAAAUUUUUUUUAAUAGUUUGUGAAGCAGCCAUCUCUCAAGCUUGCUUGUCCUGGGAUCCCUGUCUGCAUCUGAACUAUGGGAUCUUCAGUCCCAGAGAGAGCGGGGUCAUCUGUCCUAGGGGUUAGCAGGUGUUUUUCAUAAAGAGCCAGGUGGUAAGCAUUGUAGGCCCUGGGGGCCAUAUGGUCUCUGUCAUAGAUAACACCUAAACAAAUAAGUGUGGCUUGUUCUAAUAAAGCUUUAUUUAUGGGCAUGGAAAUCUGAGUUACAUACAAUUUCCAUGUGUCAAGAAAUUUUGAUUUUUUAAGCCAUUUUUAAUGAAAAUUAUUCUUAGCUCACAGGCCACACAAAAGCAGGUGGGGACCAGCUCUAGCUCAUUAGCUAGUGGGGCUGGGAGGGGCAGAGACAGCGGGAGCAGAGUGGUUCCUCAGUGCUCAGCAUGAAACGGCCGCCACACACUGCGGAACCAUCAUGUAGCAAAAGCCUCGGGGAUAUGGUUUUUAAGCACUUGCCCAAUCCGUUUUGUUCUAUUUCUGCACUUAGAGAAUACAAGUUGAAGCAUGUUUUAAAAUAAGCAUUAUGAAAGAAAUGUGGGUGGGCCCAGAGUUUUGGAAGUGGCCCUACGUGACCAUGCUCUGUGUGUGACUGCUGUGCAGGUCUCCUCUGGGGAGAGGGGUGUGUUUUUAUCAGGAACAAAUGUCAUGGGAAGGAGAGUUGACAGGUGGUCCUACAGGACGCUGCCUGUCCUACAGCCCCUUGAGCGCCCCGGCUAUGCUGGCACGUGGGCUUCAGGCCUUUCUGGCAGGUGACCUGUGGUUCCUCUGGCCACGCUUCCACACGUGCCCCGUUAACCCCCUUCCUCUUGCUGUGUUCAGGGUGCUGACUACUCCAAGAAUGUUAGAACUGGGAAGGGAGAUGGAGCCACUUCGUUUUUUAUUUUAUUUUAUUUUAUUUUUUUAUUUAUUUUUUUUUCUUUUUUUUUUUUUUUUCACUUCGUUUUUUAAAAGGCAUUAUUUUAAACGUUCGUAUCCAAACUCCCCUAUGCACUGCAGCACUGGUGUUGCAAGCAUGACCCUCAGCACCUGCUGCUGAGGAUUCUCCAGUGCUGCCAAAAAUCUCACCCUGGGGCAGCAGUGGCCUCCCACACUGCCCGCUGCCUCACCCUCGGCAUUAGGUCCUGCGUUUGAUAUUCUCAUGUGAAUUUACUUUGUUAGGAACAAGAUAUUUACAUGAUGGGUUCCGGAAUCAUCUUUAGCUCCCCAACCCAGCUAUAAAAUUCAGGAAAACGGUUUUUCCGGUCUCAGUGACCACCCUGUGUAGGUGUUGAUUGUCAGAAAGUGCAUCUUACCACUUAGGGGCUUGCUGCGUGAGUGUGUUAAAAACAAGCAGUACUUUGGAGAUGCUAGCUGUCAUCUGAGUGCCUCUCAGUAAGAUAGAUAGGCUUCCCCCUUCAGACACUCCUGCAGCGAGAGCUGUGAGCCCUGCGGCGUGCCGGGAGCUGGGCGGCCUCUCCGCCUGGGCCCUCUGCGGCCUGGGCUCCCCCCGGUCACUGGAACAGACAGACCCUGGACCCCUUCUUGCGGUAGCACCCUGCAGUGUGUAUACCCGAGUGUGUUGUAUUUCAGCUUGGUGUGUUUGCUUUUAAUUGUGUAAAAUUGCUGUCCUUUUGACAAUUCAAGUGACUGUUUGCGUUUACUAUGACUUUGAAAACAAAAAAUUGUAAGAAAAAAAUUCCAAUGAUUGUGCUGUGGUUGGAGAUUUUAUUCCCAAGAUGUUUACACCUUCCUUUUGCCCCUCAUUUGGGGAGCUGUUUGACUCGUUCUCCUCUUCCCCCAAUGGCUUGUAGUCUUUCCUACGUCAUAAUAAAGGUACAUUUUAUUCGGAAAA